CACACACACAAAAGCAAGCACACACACGCCCACUUUUUCGCAACAACAAACACGACCAAUCAGACAACAGUGACACACACCAAUCAAACUUACCCACCAACACCAUGGCUGGUGUGAUGGAUGUGCUGCGGAUGGCGUAUGGCAUGACGUACAUGCUGACGAUGACCGUGUGUGCGUGGGCGGUGUUCAUGUUCCUCUUCACGCCGCUGGCCUUUGUGUUCCUGCUCCUGCCGUCGCUGCCAUCACUGAUCAAGCCAGCAGCACCCCGUGCAGGCAAUGCCAGUGUACAAUCCACAACAACAACCACAACAGCAGCAGCAGCCAGCGCAGCGGCAGCAGCCAUUGUCGAUAACGCCACCAUCAGCCACCUGGCCUGGACAUGCCGGCGCUUCUUCCAUCAGGGUGCGCGCGCCGUGAGCGUGCUCUGGUUCUACUUUGUGUGCGGCCUCUUCGAGCUGGCAACUAGCAUCCGCCUCCGCGUGGCCAUGGACCCUGCCUGCCGCGAGAACGAGCGCGCCAUCGUCAUCGCCAACCACCACUGCCACAUCGACUGGUACCCGCUGUUGUGCUUGCUGGCGCGACUGGCGCAGCUGGACCACACCCGCAUCCUCCUCAAGGACUCGCUCAAGCGCGCCCCCAUCUACGGCUGGGGCUUCCAGUGCUUCCUCUACAUCUUCCUGGCCCGCCGCCGCGACCGCGACCUGGGCUGGAUCGACUGGGUGCUCUCCUACCUGCACAAGCAGAAGGAGCCCUCCUCGCUCAUGAUCUUUCCCGAGGGCACCGACUACUCCCCCGAGAACCUGGACAAGUCCAACGCCUUCACGCGCGAGCGCGGCCUCAAGUCGUACAAGCAUGUGCUGCACCCGCGCAUCAAAGGCCUGCAGGCCAUCCUUGCCCAUCGCCACCAGUUUGAUGCGCUGUACGACUGCACCAUCGCCUACCAGUACUUUGCGGAAGACGAACCCCCAAUGGAGGCGGCCUUUGUCUAUGGCCGCUACCCACCCUGCAUCUCCAUCCAUGUCAAGCGCUUUCCCAUCAAGGACAUUCCCGAGAGUGCAGACAAGCUCCAGGACUGGUGUAUCCAACGCUUUGUUGAGAAGGAUGCGUUGCUUGAUGAGUGUGGCGGCUCGUCUCAUCGCCCGAUGUCUGGCUGGGCGGAUAUGAAGGACGCUGAUGAUCGCGCGCUGGGCAUUGUCCGUGUCCGCUACAUCAUUGGCAUGGCCCUUGCCAUUGGCCUUGCUGUGAUCGCUGGCUACGGGCUCAUGCACAGCACCCUGUUCCGUGUGUAUGCGCUGGUGGCCACUGCUGCCUGGGCGGUUGUCUGCAACAGGGGGGAGGGCCUUGAUCGCUGGCUGGUCAAGCACCCACCAGCCACAGCAUAGCACACAAGUCUGUGUCUAUAUGCAUAUGUGUGCGCCUGUAAGAGUGCGUGUGUGCUUGUGCGGGAGUAUGUGUCUGUGUGCGCGUUUCUGUCUAUCUGUCUGUCUGUCUGUGUCUGUGUCUUGAACUGUGUUUAUGAAUGUCUUUGUUUCACCCCCCCCCCACCCCUCUCUCUCUCUCUCUCGCCCUUGCACGCCACGUCCUUUCGGUUGCCCCUCCCUGUUUUGUUUGUCACGACUGUACACGUUUCUGCUUGUGCAUGUGGCUCUUGUCCCACUUGCUGUGCCUGAAGACAGCCGCGGCAACACUUCCCCAUCCAUCCAUUCUAUCCUGCCUGCCUGCCUGCGCAAUGCUCCCCUCCUUCUUUCCUCUGCCCUCUUGUCUCUGUAGGUCUGCGUCACGUCUUGCCUUCUUCUUGCGUGCUUUGUGUCUUAUUGGGCUGCUCACAACAACAAAUGAGAAACCCAAAGCAACACUGUAACGACCCAACGC